CACCCGCCUGCAGCCGCCUUGCCCCGACCUCCCGCGCCGCCCCGCCGGCGGGCGAGCCGUUUUCUCCUGAGACGAGCCCAACCAGGUGAUCAAAAUAGAGUCCCUCAAGGUGACGGUCGACUUCUUGAAGGUGCCCCUGGGCCUGAAGAAGCCCCCUCUGAAGGAGGCCCUGGCUGCUGUCCCGGGGCCGGGGAGACCCAAGCCCCUCGGCGUGGAGCGGCACAAGCCCCGGCGCUCCGACACCAUGGACAAUGAGUCGCAGUACUCGGGAUAUUCCUACAAGUCCGGGCAUUCCCGCAGCUCCCGCAAGCACAGGGACCGGCGGGACCGGCAUCGCUCAAAAAGCCGGGACGGGAGCCGCGGGGACAAGUCGGUGACCAUCCAAGCGCCGGGCGAGCCCUUGUUGGACAAUGAGUCGACCCGGGGGGAUGAGAGGGAUGACAACUGGGGCGAGACCACCACGGUGGUGACGGGGACGUCGGAGCACAGCAUCUCGCACGAUGACAUCACCCGCAUCACCAAGGACAUGGAGGACAGCGCCCACCUGGACUGCUCCCGGCACCUGGGCGUCUCGCUGGCCGGGGCGCUGGCGCUGCUUGCCUUCCUCACCCCCCUCGCCUUCAUGCUCCUGCCCCAACUGCUGUGGCGGGAGGAGCUGGAGCCCUGCGGGACACCCUGCGAGGGGCUCUUCAUCUCCGUGGCCUUCAAACUCCUCAUCCUCCUGCUGGGCAGCUGGGCUCUCUUCUUCCGUCGCCCCAAAGCUUUCUUCCCUCGCGUCUUCGUCUUCCGAGCGUUGCUCAUGGUGCUCGUCUUCCUCCUCGUCGUCUCCUACUGGCUUUUUUACGGCGUGCGGAUCCUGGACUCGCGGGACCGCAACUACCAGGGGGUGGUGCAGUACGCCGUCUCGCUGGUGGACGCGCUGCUCUUCGUGCACUACCUGGCCGUGGUGCUGCUGGAGCUGCGCCAGCUCCAGCCCCAGUUCACCCUCAAAGCCGUCCGCUCCGCCGACGGGGCCAGCCGCUUCUACAACAUCGGUCAUCUCAGCAUCCAGCGAGCAGCCAUGUGGAUCCUGGAGAACUAUUACCACGAUUUCCCGGUCUACAACCCUGCCCUCCUCAACCUGCCAAAAUCCGUCCUGUCCAAGAAAAUGUCCGGGUUUAAAGUCUAUUCCCUCGGCGAGGAAAACACAACGAACAACUCCACGGGCCAGUCCCGGGCCGUCAUCGCGGCGGCUGCCCGGAGGCGCGACAACAGCCACAACGAGUAUUACUAUGAGGAGGCAGAGCACGAGCGCAGGGUGCGGAAACGCCGCGCCAGGCUGGUGGUGGCGGUGGAAGAAGCCUUCACCCACAUCAAGCGGCUGCAGGAGGAGGACCAGAAGAACCCGCGGGAGAUCAUGGACCCGCGGGAGGCGGCUCAGGCCAUCUUCGCCUCCAUGGCCCGGGCCAUGCAGAAGUACCUGCGUACCACCAAGCAGCAGCCCUACCACACCAUGGAGAGCAUCCUGCAGCACCUCGAGUUCUGCAUCACCCACGACAUGACGCCCAAGGCGUUCCUUGAGCGGUACCUGACGGCUGGGCCCACCAUCCAGUACCACAAGGACCGCUGGCUGGCCAAGCAGUGGACGCUGGUCAGCGAGGAGCCGGUGACGAACGGCCUGAAAGAUGGGGUGGUCUUCGUGCUGAAGCGCCAGGACUUCAGCCUCGUGGUGAGCACCAAGAAGAUCCCUUUCUUCAAGCUCUCGGAGGAGUUCGUGGACCCCAAGUCGCACAAGUUCGUCAUGAGGCUGCAGUCGGAGACCUCCGUGUGA